AGAGUUCCUUCGGGCCUCAGCGCCUGACCGAGAGCAGCACGCGGCCCUCUCCCAAAGGAGCGCCAUUGCGCACUGCCCUCCCCUCUCGCCUUGUGCGCCUGUGCCCGACUCCCUCUGAUGCGUUGGCUCCGGCGGCAUCCCCUCCCUGUCUCCCCCCUCGUGCCCCAUCUGGGGUGGAGGGGGGCGCAUGACGCUUCUCCGGCAGCCGCGGAGAUUGGAGGCUGAGGUGGGGGCGGGCCUGGUUGGCAUUAAUCUUCUCCUCCAUUGGGGAUUAUUGGCUAACACUGUAAUCCGCGAGCCGGAGGGACGGACUGACGGGCCCAGUGAGAGCCGAGGAGGGCGCCGCGGGAUUGCCGAGCAAGCGCUGGAGACGGACAAGUUUUGCCAGCGCGGGACAGAGAGUGCAGCCGCCGGGGACGGGGUACAGGGUGAAGAACAGACACAGCACCACUAAGGAGGCCACCAUUAGCAGAUUCCGUCUCCACACUGUAGCCUGCUGCUUCUCUGAAAGCUCACUGCCGGGGAAGAAGGGAAGGCACUCACUUCAGAGUGCAGAGAUGAACUCCACGGCGAUCCCCAUCCAGACAGAGAUGGUAGAACUGGUGCCGAAUGGGAAACACUCAGCGUUAAAUGCCUCAUCUGUCCCCUCUGUGGGGAAUGACAGAUUUGAUGAGAACCAGCCAGAGAUGGAGGAGUUCCUUCCACAUGGUGCUGAAAAGAAACAGACCCAUUUCACAGAUUUUGAAGGAAAGACCUCUUUUGGGAUGUCCGUUUUCAACCUCAGCAAUGCUAUCAUGGGCAGUGGGAUCCUUGGUCUAGCAUAUGCUAUGGCCAACACUGGCAUCCUCCUCUUUCUAUUCCUUUUGACUGCUGUAGCUCUGCUGUCCAGCUACUCUAUCCAUUUGCUGCUCAAAUCCUCAGGGAUUGUUGGAAUCCGAGCCUAUGAACAGCUGGGCUACAGGGCCUUUGGCACUCCAGGGAAAUUGGCAGCUGCCAUCGCUAUAACACUUCAGAAUAUUGGAGCCAUGUCAAGCUACCUGUACAUUGUGAAGUCCGAAUUGCCUCUGGUCAUCCAGACCUUUCUCAACUUGGAAGGUGAAACAACGGACUGGUACAUGAAUGGCAACUAUCUGGUCAUCAUGGUUUCUAUCAGUAUCAUCCUCCCUCUGGCCCUCAUGAAACAACUUGGUUAUCUCGGCUAUGCCAGUGGUUUUUCCCUCAGUUGCAUGGUCUUCUUCCUUAUUUCGGUCAUUUACAAAAAGUUCCAGAUUCCCUGUCCACUUUCUGACCAAGGCAACAUCACAGUCAACAGCACGGGCAACUAUCAGGAUGACCAGGCAACAGAGGAACACAUUUGCUCUUCAAGCUUGUUCACACUCAACUCUCAGACAGCCUAUACCAUCCCCAUCAUGGCAUUUGCUUUUGUGUGUCAUCCUGAGGUCCUGCCUAUCUACACUGAGCUGAAAGACCCAUCCAAGAAGAAGAUGCAGUGUAUUUCAAACAUCUCCAUCGCUGUCAUGUAUAUCAUGUACUUCCUGGCUGCGCUUUUUGGCUACCUCACUUUCUAUGGCCAGGUAGAAACAGAGCUGCUCCACACCUACAACAGAGUAGAUUCAUUUGACGUGCUGAUCUUGUGCGUACGGGUGGCUGUGCUGACUGCUGUGACACUGACGGUACCCAUUGUUCUCUUCCCGGUACGCCGUGCAAUUCAACAAAUGCUGUUUCAAGACAAGGAAUUCUGCUGGAUUCGGCACAUUAUAAUUGCUGUUGUGCUGCUGACGUCUAUUAACUUGCUUGUCAUUUUUGCUCCCUCCAUCUUGGGCAUCUUUGGACUGAUUGGUGCCACAUCGGCUCCCUGCCUGAUAUUCAUCUUCCCAGCAAUAUUCUACAUCCAGAUUGUGCCUAAGGACAAGGAGCCGACAAAAUCCCCUCCCAAGAUUCUGUGAAGAGGGAAUGGAUACCAGAACACCUGCCUGAACUAUGGAGAAAACUUACUGCCAGCUGUGAAAUUCAGGAUAAUUGGACUCUUUCUACAGCCUGGUGUCUAGUUGGAAGAGAAACAGAGAGGGGAGAAUGCAUUUGCCAUUAAAAUUUGGCCCAGGGUAUCUAAAAAUGACUCUCGCCACCCUAGCAUGUUGGAGGUCAGUUGGGACCUUCCAGCUGAUUGAAAUAUCAGCCAAGGACAUGGUCCAGAACUCACCUGCAUUCCAGUGAUGUACCUCUCAUCAAGCAGUAGCACAGGCAACCAAGCCCAACCAGAAACAAAGCAUGCCUCUGCUGUGGAAACGGCAUGUCUCAUAGACCAUGACAUCAGCACUGGAGCUUGCUUGUGAGAGCAACCACAACAGCUCCCAGCCAAGAACAAGGGGCAUGGGCUUGUAGUUUCAGGCUGUGAGCUGUUUCUGCUACUAUUUACCACAGAAUUGGACUGCCUUUGGGUCAUAGUCUCUGGCUUCUUAAGGGGCAAACCACAAUAGCUGCAUAGCAAUAUGUUUAAAUGCAGGGGUGUUUUUUUUUUAAAAAAAAUACCCAUGGGGUGUGUUAGGGGGCUUUAACCAUUCCCUCCCCCCAUGAUUGUAAUCCACAUUGGGCUCAUAACGCUUGCAAACUGCAAAAUAAGCAAAAGGGAGGCUUUUUCCCCAAUGCUAAUUGCAAGUACAGGUGGUUUGGAUCAGGACCACAAAGGGGGGAAAGGGUUAAAAGCCUUCCUACACCUCUCCCCAAACAUUAGGGUCCUGAAUACAAAAGCUGGCAAUUUGUAUUUAAAUACACAGACACACACACAUCUGUAGGUAGUUUGGGUCAAAGAAAGGAGUGGGUGAGAGGAAGGUGGCAGUGUGGCACAACAGGUCUGUGGGUUGCAGCCCAGGCUCAGAGCAGGAAAUAUGAAAGGCAGGAGAGAAAGGAACGUUGGCACAGCAACCACUUACCUUUACAAGAGACCAUUCUUGCAGCAUGACCAGUGCCACCUAAAAUGCUACCUUCCUGGUCCUUUUUGCCCCUUAGGCUCAGAGCAGGUUUACAAUCUUUUUAAUAAUGAUUUUUUCUGUAACUUAGGCUGCAGGCUGGAGAACUAUUUUGGCACCCAGCCACCCACUUGCUUGCAACCAGAUGCAGUCUUGGUUGUUUAGGGUGCCUGCACCUGUAAAUGAUAAUUAGGUCCUCUGUUGCUGAGAGAGGGGGUGGAGAGGGACAGAAAGUGAGCAGAUAAAUGCUAAAGGGGCAUGGUGGUAGCGGAAAGCACUUGUGCAUCAUUUCAGGACCAGCUAGGGUCCUUUGAGCAAGCCUCUCCUCUGUCCUGUUCUUUUCCAUGGCAGUUCCUAGUGGGUGGCAAAUGUCUUCCCUUUCUGUUUCCGUACAGCAGGCAGGCUGCGCUGCGGGGCUCAAAGCACAUUAGAUGUCAAUGUCUCCUUCAAACCUUUGUAAAGAAACUCAGGUGGAUGUGUCAUAGGAAUGUAUUCUGGAGGAAGAAAGUUUAUUUCUUUUGGGCUUCCUCCCCUCCCCACCCCCUUUGUCUGGGACCCUUCCACUUUCCUCAAGGGAUCUGGGGGGGGGAUAUGUGCAUGAAUUCCACCCUAUCUGUCGUUGUGUCCCAAGUCAAUCUCUGGAAGGAAGGGAAGAGCCUGUUUGGAGGAGUCCUGUUUCUGUAACGUACUAGGGGUCUGUUUUAAAUUAUAUGCUGAGAUUAUAUCUAUAUUUGGAAAAGAAACAAAUCUUUUUAAAAUAACAAUAAAGAACAUGUGAAACCUUA